AUGCGUUUCUCUCAUUUUUUAAAGUAUAAUGCAGUGCCAGAAUGGCAGAGUCAUUAUAUGGACUACAGUGCCUUGAAAAACCUAAUUUAUACUCUGCAAACUGAUGAACUCACGUUCAAUGGUGAAACAGAAGAGAAUACGAAUAUCCAGCCAACCCUGGAAUCAUCCACUGCAGGUGCAUCUUCCCCAAAACAUUUGGCAAAACGCUUAAAGAAUAAACUAUUUAGCAAAAACGAAAGUGGACGAGAUGCCAAUCAAAAGGGAGGUGAAGAUGAAGGGUUUCAGGAAGAAACUAUUGAAUUAGAAGAAUUAGCGUCUCCAAAGAUUGCUUCAAACAGCAAUGGUAAAAAUUUUUCACUUAAGAAAGUGAAGGGAAAAUUCUUUGAAUCAAGACGGUCAUCUUUAUCAAGCGAGGGCAAAACCUUAUUCAGCUCAUACGAUGCAUUUGUUACAAGUUUAAAUGAAGAGAAAUUGAAGGUUGAUGAUUUCUAUAAGAGAAUGGAAUCCAAAUUUUUCGAAAAAUUUGAGACUUUAGUGAAAGAUUUAGAGAAGGAAGGAAUAUGCCAUGCAAGUAGCGAACCCCUAAAUUCGACUUCUAUUAUCAAUCGUCGCCCAAGCGAACCACAAUCUGUUGAUGGAGGUAACGAUCAUGUAUCGAAUGCUCCUUCUUUUGGGCCUCGCUCUGAUUACUAUUCAGAGGAGGAUCUUGAGGACGAAGAAGAAGAAGAUUUUGAAACCCACGAUAACACAGCUCUGCUAAAUUAUUCACAAUUCAAUAUAAAAUCACAAAAAAUCUCAUUAUUAAAACAAUCGAUUGCCAAUCUAUAUAUUGAUCUAUGCCAACUGAAAUCAUUUAUUGAAUUGAACAGGAUCGGUUUUUCAAAGAUUACCAAAAAAUUUGAUAAGGUCUUGCACAUGAACACAAGAGAAGAAUUGAUUCUCUCCGGUGUUUUUUUUAGAGACACUUAUGUUUUCGAAGAUGAAACUUUGAGUAGAUUGAAUGAUAAACUGACUCAAUUGAACGAAUUCUAUGCUCUGAUCAAGGGGCAACCUUCAAACAUUGAGGGUUGCAAACAAGAGUUGAAAUCGUUCCUGCACGACCAUAUCGUCUGGGAAAGAAGUAACACCUGGAAAGAUAUGCUUGGUUUAUUAUCGCACAAUAUCAAUGGGGAUUUGGGUAACGAAACCUCUGAUAAUAAUGCUGACAAACUGAGACUGGAAUUGUAUAGUUACCAUCUUCCGAAACCGAUACGCAUUAAAAACUUUAGUAUUACAAAAUUGUCAAUUCCAAAGCUAUUUUUCACGUGGAAAGCCUUCAAGAUUGCAUUCAUCAUCACUCUUACAGGUGUCCUUUUGGGAAUAAAAACAUUUAAUGAUGAAGCUCAGCAUCGCUGCAUGGCUUUAGUCGAAUGUGUUGCAUUUUUGUGGGCUAGUGAAGCUAUUCCGCUACAUACAACAGCUUUUCUGGUACCUCUAUUAGUAGUCUUAUUCAGAGUUUUGAAGGAUUCAGACGGAAAUGUGAUCGGAGCAGCAGCAGCAUCAAGAGUUGUUCUUUCCCAAAUGUGGUCAUCAACUAUCAUGAUUCUUCUUGCAGGAUUUACCUUAGGUGAAGCUUUGGCACAGUAUGACAUUGCAAAAGUUCUUGCUUCGUGGUUGUUAGCAGCUGCAGGCACCAAACCAAGGAACGUCCUAUUAAUGUCCAUGUCUGUUGUCUUCUUUCUGUCAAUGUGGAUAUCAAAUGUUGCUGCUCCAGUCCUGACAUAUUCACUACUUUCCCCUUUGUUGCUUCCAUUGGAAGCUUCAUCUCAAUUUGGGAAAGCAUUGGUCAUGGGUGUCGCAUUUUCUGCUGAUAUCGGCGGUAUGGCUUCUCCAAUUUCAUCGCCACAAAAUGUUAUUUCUAUGCAAUAUUUGAAGCCUUAUGGUGUCGGAUGGGGUCAAUUCUUUGCUAUUGCGCUACCAUCUGGUAUACUUGCGAUGCUCAUGGCAUGGGGUGUGAUGUGCGUUAGUUUCAAAUUUCAUAAGACGAAAGUUGAAAAGUUUGUUCCGAUUAGGACAUCGUUCACCCUUAAACAAUACUUUGUCAUCUUUGUGACCUUGGGAACUAUUCUAUUGUGGUGUGUAGAGAAUGAAAUUGAAGGAGCAUUUGGCUCUUCCGGUAUUAUUGCUGCAUUGCCAAUAGUAUUAUUUUUCGGAACAGGUCUACUAUCAACAAAAGACUUAAACUCCUUUCCAUGGUCAAUCGUUAUCCUUGCCAUGGGUGGUAUCGCAUUAGGUAACGCUGUAUCCACCUCAGGAUUAUUGAAUACAAUUGCGAGAGCUUUGCAAAGAAGAAUCCAGAGUGAUGGUCUCUUCGCAAUUCUUUGUAUUUUCGGUAUAUUGAUGUUGGUUGUUGGUACUUUUGUUUCACACACAGUUUCAGCUAUCAUUAUCAUCCCAUUGGUUCAAGAAGUUGGUGAUAGACUAGAUUCGCCAAAGGCCGCACCUGUACUGAUUUUUGGUUGUGCAUUAUUGGCCUCAUGCGGUAUGGGAUUAGCAUCAUCAGGAUUUCCCAACGUUACUGCAAUUUCUAUGACGGAUAAGAAAGGCGAACGAUACCUGAGUGUUGGUUCUUUUAUUGUGAGAGGUGUGCCGACAUCUUUCCUGGCAUUCUUAUGUAUUAUAACGCUUGGGUAUGGUAUCAUGAUUUCUGUCCUUAAGGGACCCUCUGCUUAA